AUGUCUGAUCUCCAGCCUAGCCAUCUUCCCCCUGCCCCCGCGGACGCCUCACACGCACAAGUCAUACGAUCGAGUGCCGACGAUCAUAUUGAUGUCGGUCAGCGCCUUGCCGAUGAACAGAUUGACCAGAGACCCAGUGCCGAUGAACAAAGCGAGGAGAAAUCCAGCUAUAAAUGGAUUCAUGAGAAUUACCGCGAGAAGCGGAUAUGCAGACCCUGGUGGGACGCCCGUUUUCAAGGCACCCUGCCGCUGGCCCUCUCCGCUCGCAUCCCGCUCGAGGUCUUCGAGUUCAUCGUCGACGAGAUGAAUCAGCACACGUUGAUCGCCGCGGCGCUGGUCUGCUUAGCAUGGUACCCUCGAGCGAUGCGCAAGCUCUACCACACCGUCGAGAUUCGCGGCCGCACGAGCUUCAACAGGCUGUUCAAGCAGUGUCACGCGUCACCACGCGUCAAGCAGUGGCUCGCGAGCACAUGCAAGCUGGUGGCAGUCGGGCGAUGGAAUGACUUACCCAUUCUCGACGACGUCUCUGACAGCGAGCAGGACACCGAAGACGCGAGUGUGGAAUCCCCGCAGCUUAGAAACACGAGCAAUACUGACAAUCAUGAUCACUUCCUUCAAGCACUACCGUUCGCACUCGCUGGUCUGAUGCCUCGUGUACGCACCCUUCAUAUCGAGCAGGGAGAACUUCGCUUCAUCCGCCCAGAUUUCUUCUUCGCACUGUCGAAGUUCGAGUCUGUCAAGUCGUUGACGCUUGAUGUCUGCGAACUAAACAACAUCACGCAGCUGCGGCGGAUUGUGUCUGCCUUCCCCCAGCUUACAGACCUUAAAAUGGUGGUUGUUGGUUUCGCUCAGCGAGGUGCUGCCAGUUACGCGGGAGCCUCACUAUCUCGGGCACCAUCUCACAUACGUCUUCGAUGCCUUGAGGUCGAUGUGCAUAAUGAACCCAUGAUGAUGUUCCUUGACUGGAUGUCGCGCUCAGACCUCUGCGCCUCACUUGCGAAGGUGACAAUCUUGUCACGUUAUGCCCUGACUCACGAAAACCUGUUGCAAAACACCGCCUUGCAAUUCUUGGACUUCAAGCUACGUGACAUCGAACACAUCAUGGCCGAAGACGAGGGGCCUCGCGCGGCUUGGACCGAAGCAACACGCGAGUUACACGGCAUAUUCUCCACCAUCCGUAGCCGUCAGCUCGAGCACAUCGAGGUUCACGUUCGAGUUUACGUCGACGACAGUAUUCUCGAGUCUGAGGAGCCAAGCGCUGUUCUCGAGAAGCUCGACCUGCGGGGCCUGCACGAGGUCAUGAGCCAGCCGUACUUCGACACAUUGAAGGAUGUCGAAGUGAAGAUGACGAUGUGGCCUCGGACCGAUCAGACCGAGUCGGAUGUGGACAACAUCGGUCAGAAGCUCGAGGACGUGUUUCAUGGCUUGCUCCGGCCAUGGUCUGAUCGCGGCAUAGUCGACACCUCCUGCGUGUGGCGGGAUGAUGGGCGGAGACAGUGGUCGAGGUGA